CGUGUGUGACUGGAUGCCAUGCAGGGGCAAAGGGAGAAGGGACAGGGGAAGAGGGAGAGGUAGCUGCGUUGCACCAUGUGACCUCGCCAGCUGUUGCUGUAUGCUGUUGGGAGAAACGGGGAGGGAGGUGAGGCAACCGGGGAGAAAGAGGCAGGGAGGGGCCGGGAGCUUGCCUGCACACAAUGUGACUGGUGACAAUCCCUGUUCUGCAGAGAGGGAGAGGGAGAGGGACGCAGCGGGGGAUGAACGCACACAUGCGGGCAGAGCCGUGAGGAGGGAGCUCUGACACACCUCUCCUGAUUCAGCGGAACAGAUUUAUUCGUCACCUCUCCCUGCAGCGUCACGCAGCGAGCCGCGCUGCAAAACACCGUCCACAAUCCCGAACCCAGCCGCACCUGCCCCCGCGCCCGGCUUCCCGCUGUCUUGUCUGCGCACUAGAUUAACGGCUCUGCUGCGACUCGGACGGCGCCCCGACUGCCCUCCACUGCAGCCGAGAGACGGAGCGGGAGGGGGGGGGCACGACAGACCGAAACCCACCGGGGAGAGACGGGCAGCGCAUGUGAAUGAUGGGGAAACUAAAAAGCGGCGACUGCAUUGAGGAUGGGCCAAUGGAGGAACUGCGGGACAAGUAGACAACCAAUACGAGCUCCUCCGCGUCUGCGCCUCUACCUUAGGACCCCCUUGCAGGGAGAUGUUCCUCAUUAUGGGAUAGAUGCACAGGUCUGUUCGUUGCCAUGGAUACCAGCACGCGAAAAUUCACAGUGCGGAGAUGGUUUUCCAUCUACCUGAAGAACAAGGCUGCAAGGAACAAGAACAACACUGGAUUCUGUCAGCUAGAGGAUGACAGUGUACUCAAAGAGAUCGACAUCAGCCACCAUGUUAAGGAGGGCUGUGAGAAAGCAGACCCCUCUCAGUUUCAGCUGCUUAAGGUGCUGGGACAGGGAUCCUAUGGCAAGGUGUUUCUGGUUAGAAAGAUUAGAGGAGUGGACAGAGGACAGCUGUAUGCCAUGAAGGUCCUGAAGAAAGCCACGCUGAAAGUGCGGGAUCGCGUACGAUCUAAGAUGGAAAGAGAUAUUCUGGCAGAAGUGAACCACCCAUUUAUAGUUAAACUCCACUAUGCCUUUCAGACAGAAGGGAAGCUCUAUCUGAUCCUGGACUUCCUCCGCGGAGGAGACCUUUUCACUCGUCUGUCCAAGGAGGUGAUGUUUACAGAAGAGGAUGUGAAGUUUUACCUUGCAGAGCUGGCUCUGGCCUUGGAUCAUCUUCACAGUUUGGGGAUCAUCUACAGGGACCUCAAACCUGAAAACAUUCUUCUAGAUGAAGAAGGACACAUCAAGAUCACUGACUUUGGAUUGAGUAAGGAGGCUAUUGACCACGAUAAAAGAGCGUAUUCCUUCUGUGGAACAAUAGAAUACAUGGCUCCAGAGGUCGUAAACAGGAGAGGGCAUACGCAAAGUGCUGACUGGUGGUCAUUUGGGGUACUUAUGUUUGAAAUGUUGACCGGGUCUUUGCCGUUCCAAGGAAAAGAUCGGAAGGAAACAAUGGCUCUUAUUCUGAAGGCCAAGCUGGGAAUGCCACAGUUCCUCAGCCCUGAAGUGCAGAGUUUAUUACGAGCACUGUUUAAGAGGAAUCCGGCAAAUCGACUUGGUGCAGGACCAGAUGGAGUAGAAGAAAUAAAAAGACAUCGGUUCUUUGCGUCAAUAGACUGGAAUAAGUUGUACAGGAGGGAAAUGAGGCCUCCCUUCAAACCGACUGUCGGAAGACCUGAGGACACUUUCCAUUUUGACCCUGAGUUCACCUCCAGAACCCCGACUGAUUCUCCAGGGAUCCCUCCGAGCGCAAACACGCACCAGUUGUUCCGUGGUUUCAGCUUUGUUGCUACUAAUCAAAAUCAGGAGCCCACUGUUGCUACAGUAGCACCUUCUCGUCAGGAGGUGAACAUCAACCCCAUAGCACAGCAUCUCCGUGGCGAUGUGGCCUUCAAUGACGUUUAUGAGAUGAAGGAAGAAGUCAGACAGACAGGAAGUUUUGUCUGCAGGAAGUGUCUGCACAGAGUUACUGCUGUGGAGUAUUCAGUGAAGGUUAUUGACAGAGCAAGGAAAGAUCCGUCAGAAGAGAUAGAGAUUCUGUUAAGAUAUGGACAACAUCCAAAUAUUAUCACCUUGAAGGAUGUGUUUGACGACGGCCAGAGUGUGUUCCUGGUUCAGGAUGUACUGAGAGGAGAGGAGCUGCUGGACAGAGUUCUGACGCUGCCAAAUUUUACUGAAAGAAAUGCGUCAGACAUCAUCUGCACACUGACCAAAACUGUGGAAUAUUUACACUCACAGGGGGUCGUACAUCGAGACCUGAAGCCCAGCAACAUUCGCUAUUCCGAUGACAGUGGACUCCCAGAAUGCAUCAGGAUAUGUGAUUUUGGCUUUGCCAAACAGCUCCGAGCUGAAAAUGGCUUGUUGAUGACACCCUGUUACACGGCCACAUUCAUGGCUCCUGAGAUUCUGAGGAAGCAGGGAUAUGAUGCCGCCUGUGACAUCUGGAGCCUGGGGAUCCUGCUCUACACUAUGAUAGCUGGUUUCAGCCCGUUUGCCAGCAGUCCUGAGGACACCGCAGAGGAGAUUCUGGCACAAAUCGGCAGCGGGAAAUUCGUUAUCACAGGAGGAAACUGGGACCUGGUGUCGGAUGCCGCCAAGGACAUUGUGACUAAGAUGCUCCACGUAGACCCUCACCAGCGCCUGACUGCCCCCCAGGUUCUUCGUCAUCCCUGGAUUGUAGAGAAAGACCAACUGUCUGAUAAAAUCCUGAUCAGACAUGACGCCCUCACCGUCAAGGGGGCUCUGUCCGCCACCUACUCUGCUCUGAGGCGCUGUGCUCCUGCUCCAGUCCUGGAACCUGUUCAGUCCUCUAGCCUGGCUCAGCGGAGAGGGAUGAAGAAAACGGGGAGUUCAAAAGCUCAUUCAGACCCUAAAGAAAAGGAAUAGCCUGAAUAAAAUUCAAAAGUAAUCUUAAAUCUUAAUUACGAGCCGACACAAUUAAAGAAGAUGUACUCUUCGUUUGAAAAAGCACAAACCCUAGUUAAUUAACUUUAUCAAUAAAAGGCCCAUUUGCACCGGCAACUGGAUUAGCUUCAGUUUGAUUCAAAGUUAAAUUGUAAACCUUUUUUUUAAAGUAAUCUCUGAUGUGGACCUUCAUAGAGAAUUUGACAAAAGACCCAGAGGCUUAAUGAAGUUGUAGACCUUAAAAUAAACCAUACUUCAUUUUGAACCAAAGAGGAUUUAAUUGAAACAUACAGUCUUAAUAGAUUAUUUGGGCUUCCCUUGUUUGUCCUCUGGGCAUUAGUUUAAAAUUUGGCCUUGAUAUGCAACUAAUAUUUAGCUAUAUUACUCCUAAUUCGACCAUGGCUCCCUAUUAACUAAUAUUCAGAAAUAUGUACAUUUAUUUCCUUGUGGUCACACACUACAUGCUAUUUGAGGAGACAGUGCAAUAUAGACUGUGCAGUAUACACAGACAAACUGUUACUUGCCUUGAAUUGUAUCAUGCAGCUCCAGGUGGGACAAAAUAAGACUGAAUACCAAAAUAAAAAGUAGGAUUCAACUCCCUCAGUUCACUUACACCAAUAACAUAUUCCGCAGACACGACUGUAAGAUAUCAGAGGCACAGAAUUGAGUCCCAAAUUUAAUAACUUGAGACAAAAUCUGAAAGGCUUGCAGUUUAGCUUGGACAAUGGCACCAAUGACUCAUGAAUUCACUUGGACUGUUUUAUUUGAAAAUACUUGAUACUUUCCACCACCACUAAAGAUGUUAUAGAGGAGCACCCCAGUAGCUCACCUAGUUGAAUAGUUGCCCCAUAAACUGAGGCUAUAGUCCCUAUUGCAGCCUGUGCUUUUUGCUGUACAUCAUCUCUUUUAACAGCUCUCUCCACUAGUAACUUCCAAAUAAAGGCCAAUAAAAAAAGAUAUAAAGAAAACUCAAGAAGGAAUAUGUCACUGUAACCACACUGAGUAUUGUCAGGGUCCCCAGUCUGUCACAGGGCUGACUAAUUUCACCAUUAAUCGACUGAUGGAUUAAGUUGAAUUAAUUCAUUGCUUUGUUAUUAAGAAUGAAAAAUAUGACAAAUUGGAGUAAACAAUAAUUUCACAAUAAUUAUUUUGCUUAAAAUACAAACUACAAAAAUUACAUAUUAAAUGACAACUUGAAAACUCAAAUGUUAGGGCCUGUGACUUGACUUGCGACUUGAGUGGAAGGAAUUACUUGUGACUGCAAAACAAACUGAACUAGUCCCACUUCUGAUAUAUAGUAUUUAGGUGAAAUUCUAUUUUUCCUCCAACCAGUCUGCUGCGUUCUGCAGAUUUAUGCAUGUUAAAAAUGUAAAUAUUGUACCAAAGUGAGCUAUUUCUUGAGAUAACAAUGCCACUGAGUCUUACUGUUCAUGAUAUGCUUAAUAAUUUUACUGUAUGUAUUGUUGUCCUCCAUGAAUACAGCCUUUAACUCUAUUGUUAAAUGUAUCAUUGCUUCACCUCCCAGAUUAGAAUGAACAGAGAGCUGUUGGGGAGGUUACGACUUUGUGUUUAAUCAUGACAUAUUCAAAAUGGUAUUUUGUAUAAGAGCAGCUCUGGAGAGCAUCCAGUGGUUCUCUUGUCACACUUGUAACAACACUCUACACAUUGUGUUAUUGAAUUAACGUUCAAUGUGUUAGUUCAUCGUUGUGUGUGGGCCCGAGUGUAGCUGCCAGUGGGCUUCUGUUAGUGUCUGAAAGCCAAAAAGUUUGAGAACCACUGUGUCAGAAGUUUGUACAUACUGUCUAUUGCUGCUGCCCUGAUUGUGUCUAAUGAGAUACACAAAUACGAGGUAAGAUUGGACAGGGUGUUUCACAGACAUAAGUAGCACUUUGUGUUUUACGGUUUACCUGUAGGAAUGUAGAUUAUGAUGCUCCAAAACUUACACACUUAGACGUAGAACAAAAUAUACUGAGCAGUGUAACCACUAAGCAAUGUAGCAGAGACAGAGUCAUUCUGUACUUAUUAUCUUUGCUGACACACAAACUGUAUGUCUUGUGUUGCACCACAUAACUGUAAGAGGUGCAGUUAGAAAUAAUGCAAUUAUGAGUAUGCAGACAAGGCUGUAGAUAGAGUGCUGUACGACAAUGUGUUUGUGGUACAGCUGUAUAUACUGUUUACAAUGUUAGACUGUGCAUUCAGUCAUCCUGAACCGCCACUAAAUUGUAUAUUUAUAUAGUUCUGUAUAUCUAUCUGCCACCAAGGAUUGUACAUAUUGUGUUAGCUAAUUUAUUGUACAUAUGACAUUGUGUUGUGCACCCAUUGCUGAGAGUGUACAUAUUGUCUAUACCUGGCCAAUAAGUGAAAUAAUUGGCUAGAAUGCCAAAGUUUUACAAAUAAACUAAAAGAACAGAAAA